AUGUCAACGCCGACCGCGAAUGUGGGCUCUUGUGCAGACGGCGGGUUCUUGAACGACGUCGGAUGUGCUGCGUUCUUGGCGGGCGUGCAGGCUGAAGGCUGCGACCAGAGCGGGGUGCAACUCUGUUCCAAUUGUCGCCUAGUCAAAUACUGCUCCCCAUUGUGCCAGACAAGCCACUGGCGUUAG